AUGGCAGAAGUCGCACCAGCAGCCGCAGCAGCCGCGCCGGCCAAGGCACCCAAGAAGAAGGCAGCAGCCAAGCCCAAGAAAGCGGGACCCAGCGUAGGAGAGCUCAUCGUCAAGGCUGUGACCGCUUCCAAGGAGAGGAGCGGCGUGUCCCUGGCCGCGCUCAAGAAGACGCUGGCGGCAGGCGGCUACGACGGCACCCUGGUCCAGACCAAGGGCACCGGUGCAUCCGGCUCCUUCAAGCUCAACAAGAAAGCUGUCGAGGCGAAGAGGCCCGCCAAGAAAGCCGCAGUCCCCAAAGUAAAGAAGGUUGCCGCCAAGAAGCUCGCCGCGGCGAAGAAGCCCAAGAAGGUAGCAGCCAAGAAGGCCGUCGCCGCAAAGAAGUCCCCAAGAAGGCCAAGAAGCCCGCUACACCCAAAAAGGCCGCCAAGAGCCCCAAGAAGGUGA